UCCGGCAGGUGUUGACUUAAAGCAAGUGAAAGCAAUUAGUCUCGUUCAACUCAGCCCGGCACUUAGCUGUACAGCAAAUCAAUUGGCGUAGGUUACCCUUAAUUUCCAAACUCUGUACAGCAAAGUCAAACUUUUAAGGAGCAGGAAGAUGUCAUGGAAAUGCGCUCAAUGAAAUUCCCGAGGGACAUACCUUGGUUCAGAGGACGGUGCUUCCCGAGUGUACCUUCAGACUCUGAGCUUGAAGAACCUGUGAAAAGGAGGAGAGGGAGAAGGAAGGAAGAAGAAACAAAGAGGGCCAUUGUUUCUAACCUGCCCUUUGAAGGCAAGUGGAAAGAAAAUCCAAAUCGACAUUAUGAGGGCAACAAAAUUAAGACUACAAAAUACACCCUCCUGUCUUUCAUCCCUAAAAACCUCUUUGAGCAGUUUCAUCGUUUUGCCAAUUUUUACUUUGUGGCUAUCGUAGCACUCAAUUUCAUACCUGUGCUCAAUGCAUUUGAACCAGGGAUAGCUGUGAUCCCGAUCUGUGUUAUAAUGGCCGCCACAGCCAUCAAAGAUGCUUGGGAGGACUUUCGGAGAUUCAGUCUGGACACAGAGAUCAAUAGCAUGGGCUGUCUGGUUUACAGAAGAAGCAAAAACAGCUACACUGAGAUGUGCUGGAAAGACGUCCGAGUAGGAGACUUUGUGCAGCUGCAGUGUAAUGAGAUCGUCCCAGCUGACAUGCUGCUGCUGUAUUCCUCUGAUCAGAAUGGGAUCUGUCACUUGGAGACAGCCAAUCUCGAUGGUGAAACCAAUCUGAAGCAAAGACAUGUUGUGAAAGGAUUCUGCAUGGAGAACACUGAAUUUGAGCCAGAAGCUUUCCAAAAUAUAAUUGUUUGUGAAAAGCCCAACAAUGACCUCAAUAGAUUCAAAGGCUAUAUGGAGCAAACUGAUCUCACGAGGAUUGGUUUCAACAUUGAAAAUCUACUUCUCCGUGGAUGUACAGUAAGGAACACAGAAGUUGCUGUAGGAAUUGUGAUCUAUGCAGGCCAUGAAACCAAAGCCAUGUUGAAUAACAGAGGACCUCGUUAUAAACGCAGCAAAAUUGAGCAACGCAUGAACAUAGAUAUCUUCUUUUGUGUGGGACUACUCUUCCUCAUGUGCCUCACUGGAGCACUAGGUCAUGGCAUUUGGAAUGGGAUUUUUCCAGAACACCCCUUGUAUGUUAUCCCAGAUGUACACGGCAACUAUCUUUCUGCAGCUCUUGCAGGUUUCUACACGUUCCUGACAAUGAUCAUCCUUUUGCAGAUUUUAAUCCCCCUUUCCCUCUAUAUAUCUAUCGAGAUGGUCAAGUUGGGCCAAAUCUUCUUUAUUCAUAAUGAUAUGGAUUUGUAUGAUGAAGAGCGAGACCUGCCCAUUCAGUGUCGAGCACUCAAUAUCACUGAAGACCUGGGACAAAUCCAGUACAUAUUCUCUGACAAGACAGGGACACUGACAGAGAAUAAGAUGGUUUUUAGACGGUGUACAAUUAAUGGAAAAGAAUUUUCACAUAAGGAAAAUGCCAAGCGACUGGAAACCUACAAUGAACUAGAUUCAGAUAAUGAAGAAUGGACAAAGCAUCCGAGUCUCCAGUCAAAUAAAGGUGCAGAAAAGGUCACUUUAACAUGGACAAAUCCAUCCAAGCCCUUGAGAAGAUGCGAAAGUACGGGGGCUCAUUUACAGGGACAUAAACGAACCAGAUCUCUAGGUGCCUGGGGAAACUCUCCAUCUCAGGUGGCAUUCAGCAGUAGCAUUGAAAAAGAUGUGAUCCCAGAUAAUAGGCUGUUGAUGAAAGUGAGAAAUGCAUCAUGCAAGCUAGAGCCAUUGACACCUUUUAUGUCUGCAAGCCCUACUUCUGCAGUCACCGACUUUUUUCUUGCUCUGACCCUCUGCAAUACUGUUGUAGUUUCCACUGCAACUGACCCAAGACAAAGGGUUACCACACCUGCACUGACAAAACCCUCAGGACUCUCCCUGGAGAGAAUUCACCAGCUGUUCCAGCGGUUAAAGCUGGCAAGCUUCAGCCAGUCUCUCCAGUCAAUGCGGUCAAGUUCAAACUUAGGAGAGAGUUUAAACUCAGAAAGCACUAGAGUUUGCACUGAUUCUGAAAGAAAAGAUUGUUUCCAUAGCCAGAGCUGCUUCACUUUAACAGAUGAUGACAGUUUUAGAAGGGAUUUGAUCAUAGAGAAUGAUGCCCCUGAGGAUUUGGACCCUUCACUGAUUGAGGUUUGUGAUGGACCAGUUAGUCAAGGUCUUCUGCAACCAGACAUCUGUUAUGAAGCUGAAAGCCCAGAUGAAGCUGCUCUCGUCCAUGCAGCUCGUGCUUAUGGAUUUACGUUGGUAUCUCGAUCUGCGCAACAAGUGACUGUCAGGCUGCCAAAAGGUACCCUCCUGACAUUUGACCUCUUAUUUACUCUGGGAUUUGACUCCAACAGGAAAAGGAUGUCAGUGGUGGUGAGGCAUCCGCUUACCAAGGAGAUUAUUGUCUAUACCAAAGGGGCCGAUUCCAUCAUCAUGGACUUACUGGAAGACCCAGGCAAAGCUAGUCUACCUGAUGAAAAGCGUAUGAGAAAAUUAAGAACUCAUACACAAAAACAUUUAGAUAUAUAUGCGCAAGAAGGCCUGAGAACCCUCUGCAUAGCUAAAAAGGUCUUAAGUGAAGAUGACUUUCAGAGAUGGGCCAACUAUCGUUGUGAAGCAGAAUCUGCUAUUGAAAACCGAGAUGAGCUCUUAAUGGAGACAGCAUACCAUCUGGAGACUAAGCUCACGUUGCUUGGCGCCACUGGGAUUGAAGAUCGGUUGCAAGAUGGAGUGCCAGAUACCAUUGCUGCUUUCAGAGAAGCUGGGAUCCAGGUGUGGGUAUUGACUGGAGAUAAGCAGGAAACAGCUGUCAACAUUGCUUACUCUUGCAAACUUCUGAACCAAAGAGAGACUGUCUUCACCAUUAACACAGAAAGUAAGGAAACAUGUGAGUCACUGCUAGACAUCACUUUGGAAGAAGUAAAGAAAACUCAAUAUGUUCCAAAAACGACAUGGAAUAUUUUUGGCAUUAAGCUGCCAUUUUCUUUGUCAUCCAAAGUAACACCAGUUCCUACAAUUGGGCUAGUGGUUGAUGGGACAACUCUAAACAUCAUUUUCCAAGGACAACUUCAGCACAAGUUUCUUGAACUGACACAGUAUAGCCGCUCAGUGGUGUGCUGCCGGUGUACGCCAUUGCAGAAAAGUAUGGUGGUCAAGCUGGUACGGAGUCAUCUAAAAGUUAUGACACUGGCAAUAGGUGAUGGUGCAAAUGAUGUAAGUAUGAUACAGGCAGCUAAUAUUGGAAUUGGCAUAUCUGGACAAGAAGGUAUGCAGGCUGUCAUGGCCAGUGAUUUUGCUAUAUCACAAUUUAAACAUCUCAAGAAGUUGCUUCUAGUCCAUGGACACUGGUGCUAUUCUCGCUUGGGAAAGAUGGUGAUAUACUUUUUCUAUAAAAAUGUGGCUUAUGUCAACGUGCUCUUCUGGUACCAAUUUUACUGUGCUUUCUCUGGAGCCUCCAUGAUCGAUUACUGGCAACUGAUAUUUUUCAACCUGUUUUUCACUUCUCUUCCACCUAUAAUUUCUGGAAUCUUGGAUAAAGACAUUUCUGCAGAAACUUUAUUAAGCUUGCCUGCCAUUUACAAGAGCGGACAAAAUUCAGAGAUUUACAGGCCCCGGACCUUUUUCAUUGCCAUUUUGGAUGCCUUUUACCAGAGCCUCAUCUGCUUCUUUGUCCCUUAUCUAGUAUAUAAAGAUUCUGAUAUUGGUGUGUUCACGUUUGGAACAGUAAUCAAUACAGUUGCUCUCUUUACUAUCCUGUUCCACCAAGCUUUAGAAAUUCCAGCCUGGACCUGGUUCCAUGGGAUCACAAUAAUUGGAAGCAUUCUGCUCUACUUUAUCUUUUCAUUCACCUAUAAUGCUAUCUGUGUUGUCUGCAAUCAUCCCACCAAUCCCUACUGGAUUACAGAGAAGUUAUUUUCAGUACCUAACUUUUACUUCAUAUCCAUCAUUACGCCAGUCAUUGCACUCCUCCCAAGGUAUCUUAUCUUGGCUCUGCAAGGAACCUUCAAGACAUCACCCAUUCAGCAAGCACAACAUCUGGAUAAGCUCCCUAAAGAAGAACAGGUCCGGGAAAUACAGAAAUGGAAACUGAAAGAACAGGGCAGAACAGUCCAUAAUGAUGAUCCUGACUCAACUGUUUUACACAUGGGCAUGGGAACCUCUGGUGAUUAUGCAGCAGCAGCCGGAGCAGGAAGAGGAGGUCUGAUUUCUGAGAACAUGGGUCAGGUGGAGCAGGAGAGACUAGAAGAAUGGAUACUUAAUGGAGAAGGCAAUGACUAUGGCACAAGGUGGGGCACCCAGGAAGAGACUGGUGAUGCUAGUUUCUUAUCAGCAGCAGCUUUUCCUGAGCAAAGUACACCCGUGAAGCCGUUUUCUGGCCUUCUCCCCCAAAACACUGAAAGUUCUACUCGAAGUAGCCAUCGCAGGUCUGUGAGUGCUGUGACUCUAUGAAGGAGCCUACAUUUUUGACUGAAGAAAAAUAAUUGGAUUUUUUUCCUCCAAACGUCUCCUGCCUCCCACAUAGGGAGCAGAGGUGGCAGAGGGAAAAUAGGAUUGCUAUUUAUAUUAAAUAGCACCAUCUUCUUAAAGAGAAGCCUAAAAUGUAAUUUCACAAGCCUGCUGGGACUGUAUUCCCACUAUACACAAUUUCCUCGGAUACCAACAGUAUCUUCUGAGAAGGACAACUUCAAUUUUUGAAGGAGGGUCCUUUCUGAAUCUGAUCUUAAUCAUAUCAGUUACCUAAGAUAUGAUAUAGGUAGCAUUCUCAUUUCUAUUUAUUCAUAUUAUUUGUUUGUUUACCAAUGCAAUUUGUUCAUUUUUGAGUAAAAGUUUACAUGGAUUUCCUCAGGUUUUCCAGGAAUGUAUUCAGGUUUCCACAAGAGAAGACAAGAUUGAGCUAAGUUUAGAAACCUGCUUAUUUUGUAAAACAGCACCUAAAAGUGUGUUGUUGUUGUUGUUGUUGUUGUUUUUAAAAUGUAUAUAUAAUCAUGUUCUGGGCCUCCUAAGAUCCCGGUGGAGAAAUAUGGUAUACAAAUGAAAUAAAUAAAAUAAUAAUACAGUAUACAAUUAAAUUACAAGACCAAACCUGUUGAACAGAUGUUAUGUUGUUGUGACAGCAAACACUCCUAAUCCCAAACGUUUACUAGAUAUAAAGGUCAAAUGAAUUACCUUCCUGGGAGGGAGAUCCAAGUUGGAGGUAUAGCACCAUAAAUUGAUCUCAGCCUCAUUUCCCGGUAUAACAAUGGCCAGCUUCACAGAGUUAUCGAGGAAAAGGCUGAACAAAUGACCACUGAAGCACUUUCAGCACUAAAAUGCAGAUAUUAAAGUACUAUAUUCAAGAAAUCCUAAUCAAAAUCCAGCUGAUUGUAUUCUUUUUGCUUCUUAGAAAUGUGAAAAUCAUGGCUGUUCAUGCAACAGGAACAAAAUAAAAGUGAAG